GGCCUCUUCACGUGUGUCAUACCCGAUGAAGGAUUCCGUUGACGAGUACAUUGUUAGUGGAAGGGAACUACUGCAGGCGAUUGGACAGGAAUCAAGAAGGAACUUUGCUACCAUGAUGAAUGCAUUGGAUGUGAAACUUGGGGAACUUUCGACAACAGCCCUCCUGACAUUCAAACCCUACCACGACCAUAUGACCAAUGCUAUUGCCCAACCGUUGAACACGGAUACUCUGCGUCUGGCAAAAGCUAAAUACAACGACUAUGUCUCAAAGGUCACUAACCAAUUGCCAUCUAUCAACGACUUAGCUCAGCGAUACACGUCCACCCUGUACAAUGGGAGAGAACAGAUAAACUCCGCCCUGUACGGACUGUUGGACCGACCGGAAGUAGACUUCAUUCAAUCCAAAGCUGCUGCCGCUUACAAAUUCUGGGAAGUUGAAGAGAAUACCAAGGCCGCACUCGCAAGUGUGUACGAUCACGUCAUGGAAAUAAUUGAGGAUGAAAUUGAAGCGCUGAAAACUGUCAUCACUGACCUUGAGAAGACAAAGAUAACUGUGUUCGACCCUGUAAAUGGCGAAGUUCAAGCUGACACUUACCUCGUUGUACCCAUGAAAUCUCUGAAAACUCUACCAGGCAUUGACGUCAUCCAACACUACAACAACAUUCGGUCGUACGUGCCCGACAUAAGUGAAUUGAGAUCCAUCUACGAUUAUAUACCAUCCUCAGAUUUCAGCACCUGGAUGCCACCUUUUGAUGCUUUCGGAACCGUAGAGGGCAACACAUUCACAACAUUUGACGGGAAAACGUACCAGUUCAACGGCAGGUGUAGCUACGUGCUGGCUGGCGACUAUAUGGAUGGUAACUUUUCCAUCGUCCUCGACUACAUGGGGAAACAGAAGAGAAGGGUUAUCAUAACCACUACCAAACACGCUGUACAACUCCUACCAAAGAACAAGUUAAGAGUGGAUGGAGCCAUUGUGGAAAUGUCAUAUCACAACGAGGACAUAACUGUCGUCAAUGAGGGUGAUGACGUCACAGUGAGUGGACAUGGAUUCACCGUCCGUCAUAACGUGCCAAGUGAUAAAUACGAAAUCGGACUGAGUGGUUGGUACUAUGGAAAGACAGGAGGACUACUGGGGACCUACGACAACGAACGUCACAACGACAUGAUGAUGCCCUCAAGACAACUCGCAACUGACGUCACGUCUUUCGCGGAUACCUGGGAGGUCAAUGAAAGAUGUCGUUAAAACAUUGAACAUUGAGUAACUAAUGAAAUGUAAAGGUGUGAUAAUAGAAAAUAAUAAUUAAAAAUUUGUGAGGUCGAAAUUGUUUCAAUAAAUAAAAAAUUUAUGCAUGC